UGUUUUCGCUGCCUGUGGCGAUGCUGGUGGCUGUACGUGUGAUAAAAACGAUCAAAUUGGCGGACUCAAGUGUGGUUAUGAACUUAAUAAUCAUUGUCCUUCGGAUCCCAGCUCCAUUUUUCAAUGUAGUCCAGGUGGUAGUAAAAUUUGUCGUUAUGGUCCUUGCACGCAUGGAUGUUGUGCGAUCGAUAAUGGAAAAAGCUAUUGCUGCAGGGACAAUAAAUGUUCAGGGUGUCCUUCUGACAAAUGGAUUAAGAAAGGCUCUAAUUCACCUCCUCCUAAUCCUCCCCCUUCUAAUCCACCACCUUCAAAUCCACCACCUUCCAAUCCACCACCUUCUAAUCCUUCUGGAUAUGAUAGACAAAAGGCUGUCAAUUAUGCAGGACAAUAUUGUAAAACCCCAAAUCCGAAAUACAAAAAUUUUGAUUCAGUGGGGGGAGAUUGUACCAAUUUCGCUUCGCAAGUUUUAAAUACAGGUGGCAUUCCUACAGAUAAAGAAUGGAAACCGUACACAGUUCCAUGGAUAAAUGUGGUGUCGUUUUAUAAUUAUCUUAUUAGUCACAAAUUGGCGAAAGAAUGCCAAUUGAGUGAAUUGAAGCCAGGUGAUUUUAUUCAAUAUCUUGGUCCUCAAAGGUAUUCUCAUACUGUUGUAGUUGUAACCUCAGGUGCAGAUCCCAUAGUGGAUUCUCACAGUGCAUUU